AUGGCUUCGACUUCUGCUGGCAAAUCAUUAGUGGAAACGGAUUGUACGCAGCAUAACCCUUUGGUGGAUUUAUCGAGAAGAGUUAUUGAGGGAGGUUUGGAUGAAGACUUCGAAAACAUCUGCAGUCAAUUUUUAACCGAGAGUUCAAAGCAUCGGGACCUGCACGAUGAGUACCUGAUAAAUCUUACAAUGUCUACCGCCGUCCCACAAACAACCAAUUUAUACGAAUUGGUUGGUCAGAUGGAUCCUACACAAAGCCUAGCGGAAACGUGGGCUGAGGAAUACAUAGCAGGACAGCAACAAUCCAAGAAUUUAGUUGAAAAAUGGGCUGACGAAGCAGAACAAGUCAAUUAUUUACCAGAACAAUGGGCUAAGGAGUUUUCCAGUUUAAGCCUUCAUGAGCAGGCAACUGAAGACAAAGGCAGAGCCAAGGAUGAGUCCGAGAUGUGGGCCACUGAAUUUCUCGACGAAUUCGAUCAGAAAUUGCAGGUGAACAAAGAAUUUGCACCAGAAGAGACGGUCUCUCCUUCUGCAGUGGAAACAAAUGCUAAAACAUUUGCAGGAAGGACACCUGUUGAUGAAAUAUAUGUUUUUGAAAGAACUAACCCUUAUCUCAGAGAAACGAAUGCACUUGAAAAGGGACAACAAGCGCUGGAUACUGGCAUGAUAGUUGAUGCUAUUUUAUAUUUUGAAGCUGCUGUACAGCAGAAUCCGGAGAAUUUUGAGAGCUGGUUUCUACUUGGAAAAUGCCUAACUGAAAACGAGAAUGAUAGGCAAGCAAUUGCUGCUUAUAAGCAAGCUUUGAACUUACAACCAGAACAAAAAAAGAUACAACUUCCUCUUGCCACAGUUUACAUAAACGAAUGUAUGGAAUUAGAAGCAUUAGAAGUUUUGAAGCAGUGGAUCACGUCUUAUUUGGAUGGUGAUUCGACUCCGCUGGAAUUCAAAACUGCUCCAGACAGUCUAAUUGAGGACCUUACUAUUCGAACACAACAGGUGGAAGAGCUCAUCCAAAAAAAUCUUUCAAACGCUGAAACAACUGAUGAAGCAACGUUUCACAAUGCGUUAAGUUUGGUGUAUAACAUCAAGGGUGAUUAUAAUCGAGCUGCACAAGAAGUGGAAUUGGCGCUUGUGUACAACCCUAAGGACUACGUACUUUGGAAUCGUUUGGGGGCAACACUGGCUAAUGGUAAACGCGCCGCGGAAGCAGUUGCUGCUUAUCGCAAAGCUCUUGAAAUUUGUCCGAAUUAUACACGUGCUCGUUGUAAUCUAGGCAUCGCUUGCAUUCAACUGCAGAACUACAAAGAAGCAAUCGAACACUUUAUUACGGCUCUUCAACUGCAGCAAUCUUAUAGCUCCAUUUCAUCGUCUACAAUUUGGACGCCUUUACGCGCAGCUGUCGUUCGAAGUUGUUUGCCUUCUGCAUUGGAUUUACUAGCAGCUGUGAAUGAGCAAGAUUUGAAAAAGUGUAUUCACUUUCUGAAUUGA